AUAUCAUAACAAAGCAAAACAACAACGACAUGAAAGGGACGAUGAAGGCGACUCCACUUUGUUACUUUCAUUUUUUCUUUGUCAGCCUGAAGUAAUUCAGCGCUUUGUAUUGUGAUAAGAGUUUAAUGAGACACUGAGGAGCUGUAGCAAAUUAAAAAGUACUCAUUUUAUGUACUGGAAUAGUUUAUGUGAAUACGGAUGUUUUUAUUGCGGGUAACACUUCAACAAGCCAACAAAACGAUUAAAUUAAAUAUUGGAGAGAACGUCUGUUAACUAACUUGCUAGCUAGUCAGUAGGCUAACUACUCAUACAUUAUUUGAACCCUGCCGUUUUGUGUGGUGUUUUCUUGUUAGUCUGUGACUUCUCGGGUCUAUGGAAGAAGGGACAGUCUAUCCUUACUCGUGUGAAAUAAUUUUCAGGGUAAGGGUUUUCUGCGGUUUCAUUUUGGUGAUAAAUAGCAACCUGUGCGUCAGUUAAGGGAUCUCCUUUGCCAAAUAGUGAGCCUUGCUCUGAAGCGAAUGGGCGAAGCGGCUGGCGCAUGCGCUCUUCCUGCCGUUGCGGUAUCCUGCCAAAUAGGCGCAGGUUGCCAGGUCGCGCAUGCGCGGUGCCUCGCUGCAGGGGCGCACGCUGCCAGAAAGGGAGCCCCGCGGGGAGCGCGUUGGGUAGCGCUUACGGGAUGCUGCAUUGCAGGAUGAGGUCCGACCCCACGCUCGCCAGGCGUUGUCGCCGCUAGGGUCGGCGACGUCAUGCGUCACGGCAGAGACACAGCCUCAGCCGCUCGCGUUUCCUGUGCCGUCUGUGGACGCUGCCCCGGCGGCUUGGCGUCGCCGUUUCCUUCCCUCCACGGACGGGCACCUUUGCCCAACCUGCUGCCGCCAAAGCUGGCGAUGUCAAGGGUUCCGAGUCCCCCUCCCCCCACGGAAAUGUCCAGCGGGCCCGUGGCUGAGAGCUGGUGUUACACUCAGAUUAAAGUGGUGAAGUUCUCCUACAUGUGGACCAUCAACAACUUCAGCUUUUGCCGCGAGGAGAUGGGCGAGGUCAUCAAGAGCUCCACCUUCUCUUCUGGAGCUAAUGAUAAGCUCAAAUGGUGUCUGCGGGUGAACCCCAAAGGUCUGGACGAGGAGAGCAAGGACUACCUGUCCCUCUAUUUGCUCCUUGUCAGCUGUCCCAAGAGCGAGGUGCGUGCCAAGUUCAAAUUCUCCAUCCUCAACGCCAAGGGUGAGGAGACCAAAGCUAUGGAGAGCCAGAGAGCCUACAGGUUUGUCCAAGGAAAGGAUUGGGGCUUCAAGAAGUUCAUCCGCCGGGACUUCCUGCUGGACGAGGCCAACGGACUCCUGCCGGAUGACAAGCUGACCCUGUUCUGCGAGGUGAGCGUGGUGCAGGACUCCGUAAACAUCUCAGGCCAGAACACCAUGAACAUGGUGAAGGUGCCUGACUGCCGGCUGGCCGACGAGCUUGGGGGCCUCUGGGAGAACUCGCGCUUCACCGACUGCUCCCUCUGUGUGGCAGGACAGGAAUUCCAGGCCCACAAAGCCAUCCUGGCAGCCCGCUCGCCCGUGUUCAGCGCCAUGUUCGAGCAUGAGAUGGAGGAGAGCAAAAAGAAUCGCGUGGAGAUCAACGAUGUUGAGCCUGAGGUCUUCAAGGAGAUGAUGUGCUUCAUCUACACAGGCAAGGCGCCCAACCUGGACAAGAUGGCAGACGACCUGCUGGCCGCCGCAGACAAGUAUGCGCUGGAGCGUUUGAAGGUGAUGUGCGAGGAUGCCUUGUGCACCAGCCUGUCGGUGGAGAAUGCUGCAGAGAUACUCAUCCUGGCCGACCUGCACAGUGCCGACCAGCUCAAGACGCAGGCUGUUGACUUCAUCAACUACCACGCAUCAGAUGUGAUGGAGACCUCUGGCUGGAAGUCCAUGGUGGCCUCCCACCCCCACCUGGUGGCUGAGGCCUACCGCUCCCUGGCCUCGGCACAAUGCCCUUUCCUGGGGCCGCCCCGCAAGCGGCUCAAACAGUCCUAGGGGCCCGGCCGGCACCCCCUCCCCCCGUUCCCUGCCGCCGCCCCCCUCAGCUCGCCCAGUGCAGGCCGGCGAGUCGCUCCCUUCCCGUCGUCUUCUAGCUCCAAGCCCCCAGAAGGGCCCCAGUGUCAACACUCCCUUCUCCUGCUCCCUGCCCAGCAACGCUGCUGCACUCUGUCCCUCAGCGGUCGACGGCGGAGUAAAACAAGGCGAUGAGCCGGAACCUUCCGGCAGGCCGGCCCCUCCCAGGCGAGAGUCCGCAGAUGGCGCUCAUGCCUCGGCCCACGGCGGAGGAGGUAUGCAGCGACGGAGGGCGUGGCGUGGUCCGCUCGCUCGUCACGCUUACCUACGGCUCCGGUGAGAGGAGGAGUGACGAACUCUUGGACGAGAAGCUCACCAAGGACUUGGAGACCCUGAAUCUCUUUGCUUUGUCUUGUCGAGUGCCUCCUGCUGGUCAAACUUCUCUUUUUAAUUUUUUUUUUUUCCCUGUCGCAAAGGAGAACUUUGAAAACCAUUUGAUCGCAGCAGUGCUCGGUUUGAAAGUACUGAUUGAGAUCAGUGGAGAUGAUCUGGUUUUCCCUAUUUUUUUGAGCCGGAAUGUACCGGAACAGGCACUGCUGAGGAUAGUCUCGGUUUUGCUCGGUUCGCCUCCCUUUCAGUCUGCCCUCCCUUCGCCCUCGGGCACCCUCAGUGCAGGAAAUUGCGUCCCGAAGCGAGAUGGGAGUUUGCAGCAGGCGGCGACCCACUGGGUAAAGACCUUGUCGAGACUGAAGGACCUACAGGAAGGGAUGAUGUUUCCAGCUGGGUCACAAUAGACCAGCAGACAGAGGACAGAAGGGAUGGAGAUGUGUAAAAUAAAUUAUUCUCUUUGUGAGAUCUUGGUAUUUGAACAUUCUGCUAGUAGCACUUGUGUAUAAGUCUAACAGUCAAGGCUUCCUUGCGAAAUCCUGAAAUACAUCAGAAAAUGGGUAAAAAAAAAAAAAAAGUAUAAAUAAAAGAUUCCGUCAGUUUUAUAGUGCAAAGCCAUCAGUAAAUGUAUGCCGUCAGGUUCAGUCAGGCAUGUAGAUCCCGCCGAGGUUUGAUUUUCCCCAUUUUGUUUCCAGAAGAGAGAACUUUGUUGUUUUUCCUUUUCUUUCAUAGGCAUUUGUACAAAACAUCAGUGUUUUCAAAUAAGUGUUAUUUUUUUUUCUUCAUGAGAUCGAAAUGCAGAGGCUUUCUGUGGUUUGGGGUGGAGGUUGGAGUGGGGCGGGGGCUGUAAAAAUGGAAAUGAAACACGUUCUAAUGUUCAGGAAAUUCAAAGCCUAUUUCUGUAAGAAAAAUACAAAACAACAAAUAUAACUCCA